AUGCUGCACUUCGGCUGGCUGAUUGCGCGUUGGUUACUCGUCGACACAGCACAAUUGACAGUGGCGGGAGGACAGGAUGUCACAGGAUCCAAUCAAGCGGAUCAUACUUUGUGGGAGAACGUACUUGUGAUUGGCAUGGCCUUGCGCACGAUCGCAUACUAUAUCACCUGCUGCCACUGGGCAGGAAUUGGCAUGCUGUGGCAAAUGCAGGCUGCAGCAUUGCAACAAGUGUCAAGCUUAUUUGCUGGAUCACUGUCCACCAGCACAGUGGUACUUGUCACUGGUCUGUGCAAAGUAAACGAUAAAGCUCGUGCCAUGGAUGAUAUCCUGCCGCAGCCGAGGGAACAAGUAGCAUGUGGCACCUCAAACAACAUUGACACCUCCAGAAAGACGCCAGAUUUGUUUCCCCCUGUCAAGCAUACCCGACACCUACCGCACCAGUGGUCCGGCGGCGCUGGAUGGAUAGGGAAGUAUUUGUUCUUCGUAGAAUUCGGACGAGGUCAACAGGCCGGUCGAGUGACUGGUAACCCUGUCGUGCCUGCAGAAGGAUACUGUGGUCGAGGCUCAAGUUUGGAACAGAUUGAAUCAGACCUUCUCUUACUCACUGGCAAGCGGCCCCAAAGCCCGUCCCACGUCAUGAGCACUGUUGGCGGCUCUUCCACAACCGUUGACGGCACGUUGAUCCCUGUGUUCAUUGGCAAACCUUCUUCUCGAAUUCUACGAGGCACCGAGUCGACUGGACCUGCCCCAACCACAUUUCUCAUCAAGAUAUGCCCAGCUCGUAAUUCAUCUUCGAGUUCAAAAUGCAUGCACGAGCACGCAUACGCUCAUCCGCAUCGCGUGGUCAUACGAAAGAAGAGGACGUUUAUGAUGGACCCUAAGGUUGUUCCCUCUUCUGACGUCAACAUUGUCUUCUCGGAUCCAGAGAGUCACGGGCACAUAACACCCCGCUUUUUCGAGCCGGAUACGAAAUACUAA